AUGGGUUCAACCAGCUUUACCAAUCCUUACGCGAUUGAAGUAAUUCAGAUGAAGAAGAGCGAGCUGGUGAGUGGCAUUUUGAAUACAGAAGAUUUGCUGGAUCUCCUCAUUUCAAAUGGCGUUCUUCAACCCGACAGCCGAGCACUGAUGGCCAGCAUCUCUGCGCGAGAGGAAAAGAACUCCAGGAUGUUGAAUGUCUUGAUCUCGAGAGGAGAGCGUGCUUGCCGCAUCUUCUUCUACCCUUGUCUGAAACGAGUUGAACCUGACCUCUACCAGUACAUGAGAACGUAUGUAGGUGGAGUUAAUGAGGGCAUUAGAGAUGCACGGAGACAGCUGAUAGGAUAUCUGCUGGAGAAGGACAAGCAGGGUCUUGUCAAAUACUCAAAAUCCAACAAGGACCCCACUCCCGAAAGAAUCCAACCGAAGUCUCUGACGAAUAAGGCUACAUCUUCAACAGAACAAGUCAAACAAACCCCCAAAACUGAAAGUGAGCAUGAUGCCAUUGUCAAAGCCGUAACCUCAGGGGAUCUACAUCUCCUCCAGGAGCUUCUCAGAGGAUUGGAUGUCAAUACUGUUUUCUCCUCCACUGAUACUCUGCUGCACCUCGCUGCUGAACAUGGUAAGGAGGCCAUUGUGUAUUUUCUGCUCAGACAAGGGGCGAAACUGAACCUGAAGGACAAGGAGGGUCGUACUGCUCUGCACAGAGCGUCAGAACGAGGCCGCACUGCUGUUGCUCUGGCGCUUGCGAAGGCUGGUGCAGACAUCCAUGCUACGGACCUAAUGUCAAAGACUCCUUUGCAUCUGGCUGCUCAAAAUGGACAUGAAAAUACGGUUAAAGCUCUAGUGAAUGAGGAAAAGAAAAGCCUUAAGAACCAGACAACAGUUCUGCACAUGGCUGCCAUUGAGGAUGACGCAACACUGGCAGAGGUUCUUCUGCGAAACGGCGCUUUAGUAGAUGCUAGAGAUGGCCAAAGGAAGACGGCUCUCUAUCACGCUGUUCAGCACGGAAAUGAGAAAACUGCCAGUGUGCUGUUGAAGGCCGGAGCACAGGUGGACUCUGUGAUCGUGGACGCUGCUUUUGAGCUCAACAGGAAGUCUCUAUUGUCUCUUUUUUUGCGGUAUGUCCAGAACUCUAUGUCUCCGAAUGAGAUCACCGCUGCUCUUUUUAAAGCGGUACAGAAGAACUUGGAUGGGGUUGUGGCUGCGCUAAUUGAUCAUGGUGCGGAUGUUAAUAUUUGUAACGAGCUUGGAUACACACCUAUGCUUCUAGCCGCAGAGCUGGGGAAUGCUGAGGCCUUCAAAGUGCUGGUCUCAAAAAAGGCUAGACUCGAUGAAAGACUGCCAAACCAGAUCUCUGGGCUUCACCUGGCUACCCAAAGUGGCAGUAUGCAAAUAGCACAGAUAUUGUUGGAUAAGGGUAUAGACCCCAACAUCAAUGGCCCUAAAGAUCAGACCCCUCUCCAUCUAAGUGCAUUACAUAACCAGCCAGAGUUGAUGGCACUGUUGUUGCGUGUGGGGGCUCAGAUUAACGCCAUCACACAGGAUGGGUUCACUGCCCUGCACCUCGCCAGCCAGAGCGGUCACACCGAAGCAGUCGCACAACUGCUAGAGGGCAAGGCCGACAUCCACGUCAAGGACAAACAGGGAAGAACAGCCCUGCACUGGGCGGCAUCGCAUGGUGAAGUGGGCGUCAUACAGCUACUACUCACUUCUGGGAGUGAAAGCAAUGCCACUGAAAAAGAGAAGAAGACCCCACUGCACCUAGCUGCAAUGGAGGGACACACCAGGGCAGUUUCAGCACUGCUGGCUGGUAAAGCUAAAGUUGGAGCUAAGGACAUGGAUGGCUGCUCUCCUCUGCAUUAUGCUGCUCGAAACGGGAAGGAAAGAGCAGCUAGAGUGCUUCUCGCAUCUGGUAAGCGCAAGAUUGUGGAUGAUAAGAACGUGUGGAGGAGGACUCCUCUGCAUUUAGCUGCAGAGCAUGGUCAUGAGCUGCUGGUGGGUCUUUUACUGGAAAACGGUGCCAAGAUCAACUGCCUGGAUAACAAUAAAGAUACACCGCUGCACUACGCUUGCCGUGAUGGCCAUGUUGGAGCAGUACAGAGACUACUAAACUGGACAAAUGGAGAACGAGCGAACCUACAGGCAACUAAUAAUGUGAAUAAAACAGCGCUUCAGGUGGCAGAGGCAGAGGACACACAGGCUCACCAAAACAUUAGUACCCUGCUAAAGAAGAAGAUGUUCCUUGUGAAAUAAAACUAAACCUGU